UGCUGGAGGCCGGGAGGAGAAGGAGGAGGAGGAACACCACCAAGGGGAUCCACUUCCGCCAGGAGACCGGAAGGGGAGGCGCCGGGCCAAAGGGCGAGGGGAGGCAACUUCCGGAUUCCGUGCGACACGCUCCGCCCUUCCUGAUCCUCCUCCUCUUUGUCGAUGGAGUUCCUCGUUUCGGGCCCCUCACGGCUUAGAAGAGCCGCUUCGUUCCGCUACUCUCUAUGGUCGGUCGCCAUGGCGUCGCUGGGUGAGCUGGCCGCUUUGGUGUUGGUGGCCGUGCUUUGGGGAGGAACCAACCCGUUUUUGAAACAGGGGACGGAGGGUCUGGAGAAGGUGAAGAGAGGAACCCAGAGCCUGCAGUUGCUGGCAGAGAUUAAAUUUCUUUGCCUCAACUACAAGUACGUGGUGCCUUUUGUCCUCAACCAGUGUGGCUCCUUGGUCUACUAUCUUACUUUAGCAUCCACAGACUUGACCUUGGCUGUGCCUCUUUGCAACUCUUUGGCUCUGAUCUUCACAUUAGCAACAGGGAAGCUCCUUGGGGAGAACAUUGGGGGUGCAAGGGCUGCUGUGGGAAUGCUGCUCACCACCUUGGGAGUUGGCCUCUGCAUAGCUGGAUCUGGAGGUGAGGAACCAUGAGAAGCCUCUUUGGAGAAAAAGGAAGAGUUUGGUGGCACAGCAACCCAUACUACAGUGGGCUCCAGUCUCAAGAGCCACAGGACACUGCAAAGAGGCCCCUGGACACUAAUUCAGCUUAGAGCCCUUAGGGACUGUUGAGAAAAACUGCAUUGGGUCAGCUCCUCGCACAUCUUUCAGCCUUCACCUGCAAAGAGCCACCCUGGGCCACCUGAGCGUGUCCUGGAGUAGCCACAGAACGCAUGGGCUUUGUACAAUUUAAAAUAAGGGGCUGCCAGAAUAGUCCAGCACUCUCCAGGGAAUAACGUUGUGCAAAAAGGCAUUCCAGCCGGCCUGGAUGAGGCCCAGGAAUCAUUGCACACCUGCAUCGCCUUCAGCAGAGAGGAGAAGAGCCUGUGAAGAGGCAGCAGUGGAGACUGGAGGCAGUGGAAGAAAGAGCAUUCGCUUCCAUUGAAAAGAUUCCGCCGAUACAGGCCUAGAAAGCCUAAAACAGGGUGGAACUGGCACGUUUAAAGUGCUCCCCCGGGGGCCAUGAUGAACUAGUUGGCUUCACAGACCCUGUUCUCUGGCUGGGCAGCAGUUCAGAGCAGAUGAUUACUAAGUACGAGCAAAGAGGUCUUUCAGCAUCCCCUCUGUGUCACACAGCUGCAACUCAUCUUUCUUCCCAUCUUGAUAUCCAGCACAUUUAAAAAAAAAAAACACGGGAAGCAUUAGGCAUCUGUAUGCAAAUCCAUUUGUGGACUUUUGCAAGAGAACAGUUUAACCUGUUUUUGUAGGGAAUAAAUAUCCCCUCUGUCUCUCUGGA